UUUUAGAUAAGACUUUCAGAGUGCAGUUAACACUUCACAUAUUUGCUAUGUGACGUCUUCGAAGAACUCUCGUACCAUCUUGAAAAGUCCUUGGCAUCUAUCAGUUGAACAUUGAAAAACCAUGGGGAAUCACCUUACGGAGAUUGCACCGAAUGCCUCCUUUCUUCCUACCUUUCACACUCUACAUGUGGUUGUCAUUGGGUUGGACUCUGCUGGAAAGACCUCCCUCUUAUACAGACUAAAGUUCAAGGAGUUUGUGAAAUGUGUUCCCACCAAGGGCUUUAACAUGGAAAAAAUAAAGGCCUCGGUUGUGAAUUCGAAAGCAAUCACUUUUCAGGUCUGGGAUGUUGGUGGCCAGGAGAAACUUAGACCUUUAUGGAAAUCCUAUACUAGAAGGACUGAUGGCUUGGUGUUUGUGGUGGAUUCUUCAGAAAAGGAGCGUAUGGAGGAAGCCAAAGUGGAACUACACAAAAUUACUAGGAGUUCUGAAAAUCAAGGUGUGCCUGUUUUAAUCCUCGCCAACAAGCAGGAUGUGGCAGAUGCAGCAUCAGUAACGGAGGUGGAGAAGUUACUAGCUGUACAUGAACUAGGCACGUCCACCUUGAGUCACAUUCAGGGCUGUAGCGCUGUGGAUGGCAGAGGUUUGCCCCAAGGACUUGAAAAACUCAACGAGAUGAUCCUAAAGAGGAAGAAGAUGCUGAGACACAGCAAAAAGAAGCGGUGAGCUGCCAAAGCGUUA